ACAUGACUGAAGAAAUGGCAGAAAAUGAAGUUUUAUUAAGGCCAAUGAAUUGUGAAUUGAAUCAAUUGUCUAUGCCUGAUGGGUCUGCAAUGUUGAUGCAGGGUGAUACUGCAGUUGUUGCUGGUGUCUAUGGACCAAUUGAAGCGAAAUUACAGAAGAUGAUGUAUGAUAAGGCAUAUGUGGACGUGUCAUAUGUUCCCGUAAGAGGUCCAGCUAAGAUUGAUGAUCGAAUGACAGAAAUGUACAUAAAAGAGACAUGCGAAGCUGCAAUAAUGGUCACAUUUCACCCAGCAACGUAUAUAUGUAUCAAUGUGCAAGAAUUAGAGGAUUCUGGAGGGUUAUUGGCCUGCACACUCAAUGCUGCAUGCUUAGCACUUAUUAAUGCCGGAAUUCCAAUGAAAUUCACUAUAGCAGCAGUUAGUUGCAUGAUAGAGGAAAACACUGGAAGUAUCGUUUUAGAUCCUGAUAACACACAACUACAGACAGCUAGAGCAGAAUUCACAUUUGGAUUUGAUAGUAUGAAGAAAGAUGUUGUGUGUUGUGAUACUGCAGGCCGUUUCUCAGAAGCAGAAUUUUAUGAAGCAAUGGAUAAGUGCAAACAAGCUAGCCAACAUGUAUUUGAUUUUUAUAGAAAUCUUGUAAAAAAGUAUGCAAAAGUAAUAUAA